AUGGGUAGCCGGUCACAGUCCCCAGAAGGUGACCCUGUGGACCUAUCAAUUUCUCGACCAAAUAUGCGGAGGGAUUCAAUGAGAAGCUGUGUGAGUGCGGUAUCAGAUGUUGAAAUGGCUCGGGAUGAGGUGUUUGAUGGCCCGAUUUCAGAAAGUAUUCCAUCGAGUGCUGUCUCCUUUAUGCACCGCCGGAACCGAACAGGAUCCACAGUCAGUUUCACUUAUUUCCAGGACGGAGAAGAUUUUGCGGAAUGGCCCAAUGAAGAUGCGGUCGAGGACGUAGACUCAGAAGUCGAAGAUCUGUCAGAUGAUGGAAUCGACAGAUUUUCCAACGCUGAUAUUGAAUCCAGUCGAGGCUCCUUUGUCUCCAAGAGACUGUCGCAUUCCCGAGACUCCGCUGAGCAUCCGUUACUUUCUCGUUACCUCUCUGCAAGCUCCUAUGGACGUGACCGAAAGUCCGGCAGCAGGCUCAACCAAAAGGUUUACAUCGCAUCUGAGGACUUGACUACUGUCUUUGCGGGCUUCUCCACUAGCACCGGAGGGUUCACUAUAUAUUUAGCCCUAUGUAUCCUGACCGGUGGAUUUGCAUAUCUUCUAUUCCGUUGGCUCCCACGAUGGAGAGUGCGACUAAUUGGCAAGGCCACUCCACUGGCAAAAUGCCAAUGGAUGGCUAUUGAAGAUCAGUGGAAUCAGUUCACCGUUCACAACGUUCACAACCAGUCAUAUGGCAGACCUCUUUCCACAGUUUUCGUUGAUACUUCGGGUCAAGUGUAUGACGAAGACCAAGACCCAACAAUUUCUUCCCUGCAGUUUCUUGACUAUCGGUACCUGCGGUUUUUUUAUCACCCAGUUGAUGAUAAAUUCUCCAUGAUCAACGGUUGGAAGGAUCCUGCAUGGACAAAUGCGAAAGUGAUGCGAGGGGGCUUGGAUGCCGACGAGCGCGAUAGCAGAGAGCAGAUAUUUGGUCAAAAUAAUAUUAAGAUACAUCAGAAGAGUCUUGCACAGCUGCUCAUAGAUGAGGCAUUCCAUCCAUUCUACAUCUUCCAGGUGGCAAGCCUUAUUCUGUGGUCUAUGGAUGAAUACUACUAUUACGCAAUCUGCAUCUUCCUGAUAUCAAUCUUCAGCAUUGGAACGACAGUACUAGACACCAAAUCGACAAUGCGGCGACUAAGAGAAAUUUCAUUGUUCGAAUGCGACGUGCGAGUUCUGAGAAACGGAUUCUGGCGAUCUGUCUCCUCUCAAGAUCUAGUACCUGGAGAUGUGUUCGAGUUCUCCGAUCCCUCGCUUCACCAGGCUCCGUGUGAUUCAAUUCUGCUCUCUGGGGACUGCAUUGUAAAUGAGAGCAUGCUUACUGGUGAAUCCGUUCCAGUAUCAAAAACACCGUUUAUCGACGAUGCCUUGAAAUACCUUGACCUCAGUGCACCCUCCAUUCACCCUAAUGUCGCCAAACACUUUCUUUUCAGUGGUACCAAAAUCAUCCGGGCCAGGCGGCCUCAGAAUGUGGACGAUGAUGAAGCGGUUGCACUAGCAAUGGUUGCCAGGACGGGCUUCAACACCACAAAAGGUGCUUUGGUUCGCUCCAUGCUUUUCCCCAAACCUUCUGGUUUCAAAUUCUAUCGGGACUCUUUCCGCUACAUUGCCGUCAUGGGUGUGGUUGCUCUCUGUGGCUUCGUAGCUUCGUUCAUCAAUUUUGUCAAGCUGGGUCUCUCAUGGCAUCUCAUCAUUGUUCGAGCACUCGAUCUGAUCACAAUUGUUGUACCGCCUGCUCUUCCCGCAACCCUGACUAUCGGCACCAAUUUUGCCCUUUCCCGUCUGAAGAAACAAGAUAUAUUUUGUAUCAGUCCCCAGAAAGUUAACGUGGGAGGAAAGCUUGAUGUGGUCUGUUUUGACAAAACUGGUACUUUAACGGAAGAUGGGCUUGACGUCUUGGGAGCACGGCCCGUAAGCAGUAACCAAAGGUUCUCCAAGCUUCUGAGUGAAACAUCUGGGGGCCUGCUACUCCCAGCUCUAAAUGCAACCUCUCCAUAUGAUCUUCAGAAGCAACGCAAGAUUAUAUAUACCAUGGCGACAUGUCAUUCUCUCCGGGUUGUGGAUGGUGAACUUCUCGGAGACCCUCUUGACGUCAAGAUGUUUCAAUUCACGGGCUGGUCAUACGAGGAGGGAGGUCAUGCCUCUGAGCACAUGAACCCUAAGUUUGACACGAUUGUUCCAUCUGUGGCAAAGCCACCUGUAACCUACGCCGGAGAAAGCCAAAAGAACGGACCAGAUAUCCCCGUCGAGCUUGGUGUAUUGCGAGAUUUCGAGUUCGUUUCCCAACUUCGCCGGGCAAGUGUUAUUGUCCGGCAAUUUGGCGAUACAGGCGUGAGCUUCUUCGUUAAGGGUGCACCCGAAAGUAUCAAGGACAUAUGUUUGCCCGAGAGCUUACCAACCGAUUACGACGAGCUCCUCAGUCACUACACCCACAAAGGAUAUCGUGUGAUUGCUUGUGCCACCAAAUACGAACGCAAAUUGAGUUGGAUGAAAGUCCAGAAACUAACUCGCUCCGAGGCUGAAAGUAACCUGGAGUUUUUGGGUUUCAUCAUCUUUGAAAACAAACUGAAACCCAGUACAACAGAAGUCAUAUCAGAGCUCAACGAAGCCGGUAUUCGUAACGUUAUGUGCACAGGCGACAAUAUCUUGACAGCAAUCAGUGUGGCUAGAGAAUGCAAGAUGAUCGGUGCAUAUGAACAGUGUUUCAUCCCGCAUUUGAUCGAAGAAUCCGGUUUAACUGCUAAGAGUUCUCUCAUCUGGGAAAGUGUGGAUAAUCCAGACCUCAAAUUGGACUCAAGGACAUUGAUGCCUCUGGAGGACGCUGAUGUUUCUAUCCCGGGAAAUGCUUUCAAACAUCUGGAUUUUUGCGUUGCCGUUACUGGUGAUGUCUUCCGAUGGAUGGUCGACUAUGGAAACGAAGACGUUCUUAACCGAGUCCUGGUAAGCGGGAAAGUGUUUGCUAGAAUGUCACCAGAUGAGAAGCAUGAGCUGGUUGAGAAGCUACAAUCCAUUGAUUACUGCUGUGGCUUUUGUGGAGAUGGUGCCAACGACUGUGGUGCUUUGAAGGCGGCAGAUGUCGGAAUUUCACUGUCAGAUGCUGAGGCAUCCGUUGCGGCACCCUUCACCAGUCGGGUAUUCGAAAUAUCCUGCGUGCCAACACUGAUUCGUGAGGGACGAGCUGCUUUGGUGACGAGCUUUAGUUGCUUUAAAUUUAUGAGUCUUUACUCGGCCAUCCAAUUCUCCACAGUCAGCUUCCUUUACACAUCGGGGUCCAAUUUAGGUGACUUUCAGUUCUUGUUCAUCGACUUGAUUCUCAUCAUGCCGAUCGCUAUUUUCAUGGGCUGGACCGGCCCUUUCCCUAUGCUUUCACGGAAACGGCCCACUGCGGACCUGGUCUCGCGAAAGGUCUUGACCCCUUUGCUGGGUCAGAUAUUGAUGGUGGUUCUGGCCCAGUUGGCAGUCUUCCGAACUGUCCAGGUCCAAACUUGGUUCGAGCCUCCCCAACUUGACGUGAACAAGAGCAACAUCUUGAAUUCCGAGAACACGUCCUUGUUCCUGUUUUCCUGCUUCCAGUACAUCUUGACUAGCAUCGUUAUGAAUGUUGGACGACCUUUCAGGCAACCUAUAACAUUAAAUGCCCCUUACCUCUGUACAAUCGUUCUCGACCUUUUGAUUGUGGCGUACAUGCUCUUCCGACCCUCCGAAUGGGUGAAGAGUGUGAUGGAGCUGACUUUUAUGUCUGACAGUUUCCGAGGCUUGAUAUUAGUGCUUGCUUUUGGGAUGUUCGUGCUUGCCUGGCUCGGUGAGACGGUUGUUUUCCCUCGGUUGGCGCGCAUCCUCGGACAUUUCAGGGUUCGUCUGCAGCCGAACUACCAGAAGAAGCGCCGCCAGUACAAGGUGCUUUUGGAUCAGAUGCAUUUAAGGUAG